GUUCAGUGCUCUGUGAACAGUGGUUUGGAAUAGUACGCAGUUGAGUCUGAGUCGGUACGCGAGCUACACAAGAUCACAAUGGCCGAUCUGAAGGAUGUUGAAAUUGAAAAGGCGCAGUUCGUCUUCUCCGUCUACGAUUGGGAAGGUACCGGCCAGAUCGAUGCCUUUGACCUCGGCAACGCCCUCCGCGCCCUGAACCUGAACCCGACGCUGGACCUCAUCGGCAAGAUGGGCGGCACCCAGAAGCGCGGCGAGAAGAAGAUCAAGUUCGACGAGUUCCUGCCGAUCUUCGGCCAGGUCAAGAAGGAGAAGGAACAGGGCUGCUACGAGGACUUCCUUGAGUGUCUGAAGCUGUACGACAAGGAGGAGAACGGCACCAUGCUCCUGGCGGAACUCCAGCACAGCUUAACCGCGCUCGGUGAGAGACUGGAUGAUAACGAGCUGGAGGCUGUCUUCAAGGACUGCAUGGACCCCGAGGAUGAUGACGGCUACAUCCCAUACGCACCGUUCCUCAAGAAGAUGAUGGACAACAUGGUCGUCAUUGACCACGUCAAGUAAAUUCAUCUUUAACUCAAUUGUGUACUUUUUCAAAGUCUCCACUAAAUGUCACCCUACACACAAAAGAGUAUUCCAUAUCUUCAGAGAUUGUGUGACCACAAGCCAUCAGAAUAUUGAGAGAACUGUUAUGUAAUCGAGCUAUUUAUAAUACAAAUAUCAGAGAGAACAACAUCCUCCGAGGCCAAAUCGGAAACAAACAGACAGCAACACGAUGGAAACCUGGCGAAGAAAAAACAACAACAGCAAACAUCAAAUGUGAGAAGAAACUAAAAUAAGAAAGCUAGCAACAACAUCUAGCGACAACAACAGCAACGACGAUGAGAUUUCCAGUUGAGCAAACAACAGCAAGUGAAACAAAGCAAUACAAAGGAAGAAGAAGAAGAAGAAGAACAAAAAUGAAAACGAAUUACCGUGCGAUACCAUCGGCAAUACGGAAGCGGUUAUUACUAUUUUUCUGUUAAGAUUUAAAUAAAUUUCUACAUAAAGAGGUCA